GGACUGAUAUGCAACCGAUCACAAUGGACUGCGUGACUACUUAUUUCUUGAAUUCGAAACUGGAUGGGCCCCAUCUGCUGACCACCUUAACCUGAGUGGAACAUCAUCACGACAUUUCUUGCACGCUGUAGCGCAUCGUCACCUUGACCAGACUCAAUCAGCCAUCCAUCCGUCUCAUAACUCCAUCGACGAUGUCUGAUAUCGAUGAAUCGUUCAUACCUUCCCCGCCCUCCGAUUUCUAUGAAACGGAGCCAGAUGAAGCUCCUCCCCUGCAAGUAAGAGUGCGCGUGCGGCAUGAGGCAGAUGCCCAAAUACCGCUCCGCGCAGUGCGUUAUUCAUCUCGCAAAAAGCGUUGGGCUCAGACUUCCAACUGCGCCAGAGGCGUCAGGGAGCCCCUACCAUCUACUGUCCGCCUCGUGACAUGGAACCUCGACUUUGCAGCUCCCGAUAGGAUGAAACGGCUCCUUGCUGCCCUCUCUUACAUCCAGCAACACGUUCUUGACUGCAGGACCACUAAUGAACGGCCUGAACCAUGCUGCAUCCUAUUGCAGGAAAUACACGAGUCAGUUUUCGCACAGAUUCUCAAUGCCGAAUGGGUGCGACGCUGUUUCAUAGUUGUGCCCGCUAGCGUGGACAAGUGGCCAGACCAAGCAAAGUAUGGAAAUGUCACACUAGUCUCCCGCACAAUUCCCGUGGUCAAUGUCUUCACCAUCGCAUUCAGCAACUCUAAGAUGAAACGCAAUGCCAUAUUCGUUGAUAUUAAACUGAGCGUCCCAGCUCACGAAGACGAACCUCGCCUAUCAGGGGGCAUCAUUACCCUGCGCGUUGCAAACACGCAUCUUGAAUCGUUGCUAGAAGGAGCCGCGGCACGGCCCAGGCAAUUGAAACUCGUCGCAGCUGCAUUGCGUGGGAGGGGAAUAUCCGGGGGCAUUGUCGCAGGGGAUAUGAAUGCUAUCAGCCCUACUGAUGAGACGAUCGUGGAUGCAGCCGGGCUGUAUGACGCCUGGGAAGGUGAUGAGGAGGAGGAAGGCUUCACCUGGGGAUACCAGACUCAUGAACAAUUACCACCUGGAAGGUUAGACAAGGUGCUCACUACCAGUCAAGAGGGUUUCAUUGUGGACCAGCCAGAGAGAAUAGGGAUUGGUGAGGUGAUUGGGAGGGGCAAAUGGGUGAGCGACCACUAUGGACUGGUAACACGCGUGCACAUUAUGCGGGAAGAUUGAAGAGAUAACGAAAGAACCAGCUGGUGAGACUUGACGGGGUGCAAUGUCAUGACCAAAACACUGACGC